CAUAUGGAGAUCCGAGUAUAACCUCUUCAUAUAACGUAGACAUACACCAAGAUGUCAUUAUUCUGCAGUCUGGAAUAUCGCUAAAUUUCGAACAAUUAAAUUUCCCAUUGGGUCUUAAAUAUAUAAAAAAAUUUGAAAUGAACAACCCAGAGAUUAGCGUAAAUGUUUUCGGUUAUGAAAACAAGUCGGUCGUUGGUCCAUAUUACUUAACAAAGGAGACGAAAAGCAAUCACAUUAAUUUAAUAUUGCUGCACAACGAAGAAAAUUUCCAUUACAUUUUGGUUAUGGAUAUGUCUUGUCUUAUGCGGUCUCAAUUCACAAGUCAUAAGGAGAAAGGUUACUUUUGUUUUGGAUGCCUGCAAUGUUUCCACGAUGAAAAUAAAUGUAUGACUCACAAAAAGCAGUGUGGAAAAGUAGUCUGUGCCCUGCCGAACAAAAAAGAAGCCGUACUUAAGUUCGUCAAUCACAAGAAAAAGGAUAAGGUGCCUUUCGUUAUUUAUGCUGACUCCGAAAGUGUACUGGAAGACGUGCAGGAAGAUGAGAACAAUGGGGCGAGUAAAAAAACGGAAAAGGUAAAGAAGCAUAUUCCAUGUGCUUUUAGUUAUUUUAUUAAAUGUAGUUUUAAUGAAAAUUUAAAUAAGUUAUUUAUAUAUAGUGGUCCCGACGCAGCAAAUGUUUUUCUGAAAGAACUAAUUCAGGAUUGUAAAUUUUUGUAUGAUAGUUACCUAACCAAAACGAAACCUAUGAAUACUCUAACCCCCGAAGAAGAGACAGCCUUUCUUAGGGAUAUCAAUUGUCGUAUAUGUGGCGACAUUUUAGGUAACGAUAGGGUGAAAGAUCAUUGUCACUUAACGGGGCAAUAUCGAGGUGCGGUACAUAACCAUUGCAAUCUGCAAUAUCAUCUACCUAAAUUUAUUCCAAUAUAUUUCCACAAUUUUUCUUCGUACGACUGUCACCUCUUCUUUAAAGAGUUAGUUGAAUUUGGAGGUGAAAUAAGAGUCAUACCUCAAAACAAAGAAAAAUAUAUUUCAAUGUCUUAUUUCAUUAAUAUGGAUAACGAGUCAACCGACUCUAGUUCUUUAAAAAGUACAGUUGUUGUAGGAGAAGAAGAAGAUUCGAGUGAGGAAGAUGAUGAGGAAUUCCAGCAAGAAGAGGAAAGUGAGGGCAAAAAAGAGAAGAAAAAGAAAAUGAAUAGAUUAGAGCAUCGUUUCUUAGAUAGUUUUCGAUUUAUGCCUACUAGUUUGGAUAAAUUAGCAAGGAAUUUAUCUCGAGAUUCUUUUGUUGCUGUCAGAUCUCAUUUUCCUGAUGAUGAAGCAUUCGAACUUAUGACUAGGAAAGGAGUAUUUCCCUACGAAUAUAUUUCAUCAUUUGAAAAAUUGAAGGAGAAACAACUUCCCCCUAUAGACCAAUUUUAUAAUAAGUUGACCGAUACUCAAUGCUCGUCAGACGAUUAUAGGCAUGCAACAAAUGUUUGGUCACAUUUUCGAUGUCAAACUAUGCAAGACUACAUGGAUUUGUACUUAAAAGCUGAUGUCUUGCUUUUAGCAGACGUAUUUGAAAAUUUCAGGAGCUUAUGUAUGCGAAUUCACGAACUGGACCCUUGUCAAUAUCUCACAGCACCAUCUCUAUCUUGGGAUGCAAUGCUACUAUGUACUAAAGUCGAACUUGAGCUACUCAGAGAUAUAGACAUGUACAAUUUCUGCAAAAAUGGUAUUCGGGGAGGGCUUACCCAGUGCUCAAACAGACACUCGGUAGCAAAUAAUGAAGAUGCUCCCAAUUAUAAUAGUGCCAAACCAGAGGUAAAUAUCUAUUAUUUGGAUGUAAAUAAUUUAUAUGGUACAGUUAUGACUGAGUGUCUCCCUGAAAAAGAUUUUAGAUGGGUGGAGGGUUAUGAAAUGGAGAAAUUCAAUGAUCAUGAAACUCUGCAACAACCUCCCAAACCUGCCGCACCCGAGCCCUAUGAUCCAGCACCAAAAUACAGUUUCGGUUAUGACAUCCAAGAUGGUUAUACGGGGGAUUUGAAGAGUCAACAUGAAACUCGUCACGGUGAUGUGGUUAAGGGCAGUUAUUCUGUUGUAGAUCCCGAUUGCACAAAACGUACUGUCGAUUAUACCGCCGAUCCACAUAAUGGUUUUAAUGCUGUGGUACGUAAGGAGCCUCUGGCAUAUAAGGCUCAUGCACCAGUACCAGUUCCGGUGCCCGUAGAACCCGUGGCUCAUGUUGCACCAGUACCACCGGCACCACCAUUACCUCCAGUACCGAAAUUGGCGCCUGCCCCUGCCCCCGCUCCAGCACCUUUGCCAGCUCUAUAUCAUGGUUAUGCUCCAUAUCCGGCUGAGGGACCCCACUAUGGGCCACAUUAUGGUGGUCCCCAUUACGGGCCCUAUCAUAAGUAAAGAAGAGGAUAACAUGUGAUUGUGAAAAACAAUUUCGAAGCGAUUUUUUUAUUGACCUAUUCUUUAUAGACAGCAUACGGCGACUUUCCUUUUUUUUAUUCUCAAUUACCUUUGCAGUAUCCUUUUUAUAAUGAAUCUGUUCUGUGAUUUAUACUGUGUCUCUUGCGUAUUUAUUUAACUUUUAUUUUCAAUCUAUUGCUCCCAAACUUUAGCACCCUUUCACAUUGUUCUCCAUUUUUAUUAUUUUCUAAUUUUCCUCCAUUUUCUUGCUAUUUAUGUUUCUCUCAUAAUAAUUACUUAAAUAUACUGAAAAUAUAUGGCUCAUUCAGUCCAGUGUUAAGUUUUAUAAUAUUUGUUCUCAUUCUAAUUCUUAAACGCAAACUUACGUUCCAACUUCUUUCCUUUAUUCUUAAUUUUUU